AUGCAACCCGCAGGGCUUCUCUCCAUCCCGAGCCCCAAAGCCGCACAACCGACACCACAAGCGUCCCGCCAUACGCCCGCCGAUGACGGGCGUGAGACCGACCCCACCCCGCCGACCACGGGGAAGAAAGCAAAGACGAAGAAGACGAAGCCUCCGAGCGCAGCCAUCCCGCCCGCUCCCGCUCCAUCUCCUUCUCCUGCGCCUGCGCCCACACCGGCGCCAGGACCAAAGUCGAAGCUUAGCGCGCUCUUGCAGGGUGACUUCGCCGCAGAUUCGCACAUCCUCCUGUCCGGGCCGUCUCACCGCAUCUCAGGCGCACUGGACGCGGCAGACGCGCUCGUCGAGCUGCUGUCCGCGGACCCCACGGCAGCGUCCGUGGACCUGGUUCUCUCGACGACGCUGAGGGCACUCAAGGCCGUCCAGGCUGUCUUCUCUCGCAUGGUCGCGCGCUAUGGGUCUACGACUGGGACUUCUGGAACUUGUUCCGACGAUGGUCUCGCGGCUGGCAAAACCUGGGAUCCUGCAUUAACACUUGAUAUACUGGUGGGCUUUGUGCAAACGCUCGUUUGUGCUGUGGUCCCAGCUCUUCUCGCGCGAUAUGCCGCCGCGAAGAAAGAAACCAAUAGCAGAAGGUUCGGCCUCAAACGCGCUGGGGCUGCUUGCGCGACCGCCAGAGCUACAUUGACCUCUAUCGACGAUAUUCUAGGCGGUGUAUACGAACUCCUGCUCGUCCCUGCCGUGCGCGCAUUCGUACUGCUCUCGGAGGGUCACCUCGUCGCGUGCUUUUCUGGCACCUCUACGCCCCGUGGAAAGAAAAGACUCGAUGACGCACCGCCUGCCGUCCCUGAUCUGCGCCCUGACGUCUUCACGCUGCUCGAGGGCCUCCUGGCUAUCUUGGACGACGUUCUGCCGCAUAUUGCGCCGCCCAGUCCCUCCGCCCGCUCACCUGGCCGCACCCCUGCUGCUGCGCCUGCUCCUAUUCCGGGCUCGGACCAAGUCAAGACCAUGCUCGCGCUCGAAUGCAUCCGCGAGCUCGAGCGGCUGUACCACCCUCACACGGAGAGCCCAUCCCAGGACGCAUCCGAUUCGCCCGCGCAAGCCUAUUCUCGCCCCGCGCACACCCCGGCCUCUCUCGCAGCCUCUUCCUCGGGGACUCACGCUGCACGGCCAGGAACAGCGCCCGCCACGCUGCCUUUCUUGGAGCGUGCGCACCCACGCGCGGCGCGGGACCUCGGGGAAACUGCCUCGGGACCGGCGCAGCACGGCGGCCCCGUGCGCGACAGCCCCCGAGCGGGCGCCGCAUCUGCGUCCGGUGGGAAGGCCCAGCGCGGAAGAAGAGCAAGGCAGGUGGAUGCUGGGGUCGACGCGCGGAUCGCGAAGCUCGCGACGAAGGACGCGGUGUGGUGGCUCUGCGCUGUGCUUGACCGGCUCUUGCCUUGUCUGCCUCCGCCAUCUGCUGGACUUGGGCGCGAGACUACUGCGGGGGACGAUCAUACUGCAUACUCCGGACCUGUGCCUGCAUAUAAUGGACCUACCGGUACGGCUGCAGUGGGCGCGGACAUCGCGCACGAAGCGGUGUACGCUGCCCUGGCGGACUUGCUUCGGCGCACACGCGCACGCGCAAGCCCGCGCGCACCCUCGUCGCGUCCGCCACCACCCCCGGCUUCGCCUUCGUCUUCUCCUCGGGGGCUCUCCCCCCGCGCUUCGAAUCACGCGGAAAGCAGUCCCCCGGCACCCGGCGAGGCUAUGGAUGAUGUGGGACCCGGCCCAUCGAUAGGUGCGGGCGGAGGGAAGUCGAAGCGCGGGCUGGAGAAGGCGAGCACACCUUCGCGGGGAGAGUGUCCGCGCACGGAGGAUCGGCGUGCGGGGUGGGCAGGUGCGGGCGACGUAGGAAUGGGCGAGGUAGAGCGGGGGAUGCUGCUCGCUGUGCUGGAGCGGGCGUGGCUCGGCGUCUGACGCGCCUGGGUGUGUAUGUGCGCCUUCCAUACACGUCAUGACAGUGCGCUCGCUUCGCUUCUGCUUCCACCCUCGAUAUCGUCGCGUCGGGCGCGCGCGGGCGGAGCUCGCGCCUCGAGGCUGGCGUGGCCGCUGGGGGCAAUGUGCAUACACCGGCAAGGCAAGCGACGGGCUCUCGCGCGACGUGCAGGGCGGCUCGCGAUUGGCCGCGCGCUCGGGAGGCAGGACCGCAGCGUCGACCGGAUUGGCUGCGGGCCAAUGGGCGUGCGCGCCGCGCGAUUGGCCCGCCCGCUUGGCGUGCCCACGCUCCCUCUCCUCCGUGCCGCUACGCAAACACGUAAACACGGCUGUCCUGUAUUCUGCUCCGUGCUCGUGGCCCGUUCUGCCGUCUUCC